AUGGCUGAUUUCUGUAACAAGAUCCUCUUAACCUUGGUUAAUGUUUUUGUGCUGUUGUGCGGCCUGAUGUUGCUUACGUUUACAAUUGUUGCUUUUGGUGAAUCGCCAGCUAUGGAUGGUGUCCUGGGAAAUUCGAAACAAAUUAUAGAAACAGUUUCACGAAUUUUAAACGUAGGUGGGACUCCAGAUGGCAUUUUUUCUCUGACUCUUGUCAUGGGUCUCUCCUUAAUCUUUUUUUCUCUGUGUGGAAUUUUCGGAAGUUUAAGAAACAUUCGGAUACUAUUGCUGAUUUACUGGGUUACUUUACUUUUGGUCAUUAUACUAGAAUUCUCUAUGAUCAUAUACGCGUCGGUCAAACUUAACACCUCGAACGUCUAUGAGAUCAUGAGAAACAACUUGAAAGAAUAUCAUCCUGAAGUAAUUAUGGACAAUCGAACCAUUAUACCUCCGGAACAUAAGCUGUCUCAUACCUGGUACGCUACUCAGUUCCUCAUCCUAGCUGUUGUGCCGCCUUCCUGCUGCGAGAAUGAGACCACCGAAAUCCCGGUUAAUGACAUAGUGUCAUUUUCAUUUUAUGACAACUUGCCAGCGUGCUUAAAGGGAAAUAAAAGGCUUAUAAACGAUCAAGGCUGCGCUGAUGUUGUGACCAGUUACCUGCAUAAUUAUUCUCAGUUCAUCUGCAUAUUCUGCUCUAUUCUGCUGAGCGUUGAGUUGAUGUCCUUGCUGGGAGCAAUCGAUCUUUGGAACUCCGUCAAGCAAGUUAGUCUUUUAUCAAAGAACAAUAUGGACAAAAGGAGGAACAGAGAGUCGGAAAACGUCUAUGAUGGCAGGCAAAAAAUUGCAAAUUCUAAGUUGUCGACGAAUGACCCACAAUCAAAUAAAAGUUCCUUAAUCUCAAGCAUCAGUUCGUAUGACAGAUCCAUUUAA